AUGGAGCAGCCCGUCCAGCCCGUCCAGCCCGUCCAGCCUUCGAUCGAGCACAAGCACAACGACGCCGAGGCGGAUAGACCACCAGGCUUAAUGGAACCUCAACCUCCCCGAGAGACAGAGCUACCCUCCGAAUCUUCACGACGCCAAGCCUCAAGCUCAGUUGCUGCACAAUGCGGCUCUGCACGAUCGACUAAAGCCUCACAUGAAGAGGAGAAUAUAACUUCGAAAACCGAUCGAAAGAAGGACUCGAGAAAAUCGAAGGACUUGGAGAAGCAGACACCUUCAAAUGAAAGUAGCUAUCGAGGUAUUGCGAAGGACUUGGUUUCAUAUGCUGGCGGCCAAUUUGAUAAUCAAAAUAUGGACGCGAAGCAGAUUAGGUUGGAUGUAUCUUGGUCACCCAAGUAA